AUGAAUGCUGUUAUACUAUCGUUUUUUUUCAUAGCCAUUGUUGCCUCAUUCCAGACUGUGCUUGAUGGUGUGACCACCUCACAUAGCAUUAGAGAGUACCCGUCCUACACCCUCUUCACUAAACUGAUUGCUUCAUUGGAAUUGGACUCGCCGUCAAUUGGACAAUAUGCCGGUUAUUUCAAGUGUCACUUGACUCAGCAAAACUUAUUUUACUGGUUCUUUGAGAGCAGACAUGACCCAGUAAAUGAUCCAUUAAUUUUGUGGCUCACGGGUGGGCCCGGUUGCUCGUCUAGCUAUGGGUUAUUUUUCGAAUUGGGUCCCAGCUCAAUCAGCGUUAACCUUGAGCCUGUUCACAACCCAUGGUCUUGGAAUUCAAAUGCCUCCAUUAUUUUCUUGGAUCAACCAACGAUGACGGGGUUCUCUUAUGGAGGAGUGCCUGCUCUAAACACCGACACUGCCACUCAGCUGAUCUACAUUUUCAUUGAAUUCUUUUUUGAUCGAUUCCCACAAUUUAGAAAAGUUCCAUUCCAUAUAGCGGGUGAAUCAUAUUCUGGUCAUUACAUCCCCAACUUGUUAAACACAUUCAAGAAAAAUAAAUGGACAAAGACGUUCAAUGUCAGCUCAGUGCUAAUCGGGAAUGGAAUCAUUGACCCAUUGGUACAGAUUGGAGCUUACAUACCGAUGGCAUGUGGUGAAGGUGGCUACAAAAGACUCCUUAAUGAACUGGUGUGCGAAGGUAUGUUGGAAAAAUACCAACGGUUUAAACAAUAUGAUGAAUUGUGUUACAAUUAUGGCGAGCUUGUGUCUUGCGUCUAUGCUAGACAGUUAGGAAAGGAGGUGGGUGCACCAUUUUCACAACUUGGACUAAACCCCUACGACAUUAGAAAAGAGUGUGUUUCUGGUACGUCUGAUUGCUACGUCGAGUCUCAGCCAAUUGAUAAAUACUUGAACCUUGAAAGAGUGAAACUGGCCCUUGGAGUCUCCGCUGAAAUAGAAUUUCAGAUGUGUAAAGAUUCAGUCGCAUUUCCAUUUGAAAUUUAUGGAGACAAUAUGCGGCCAUCUCAACAAUAUCUUCAAGACUUGUUGAAGGAAGAUAUCCCAGUGCUCAUUUACGCAGGAGACAAGGAUUUUGUGUGCGGUUGGGUUGGGUUGUUGGAAGUCUGUGAUAAGCUAAACUACAAGAACUUUGAAGGACAGCAGUUGCGGACUUGGGUGACAAAAAGUGGCAAUGCUGCUGGCAAGGUGAAAAACUUUGACAAGUUGACCUUUGUCAGAGUAUACGAUGCUGGGCACAUGGUACCUUUUGACCAGCCUGAAAACUCGUUGGAUUUGGUCAAUCGCUGGAUUCAAGGGGAUUAUGGGUUGACGAGCGUGUAG